CGGGGUCGGGGACCGUGUGCGAAGCGCCCGGACCUCCCCGCCCGGGCCCCGCCCUCCCCUCCCGCCCGGUCCGCUCGGUCGGGCUGCGGGGCGGGCGCCGCAUCGGAGCCGCAGCCCGGGCCCGUCCCCGGCGGAGACUGCGCGGAGCAUCCGCUCGGCCGCCGGCGCCUCAAGGCGAUGGCGGCGAAGGCGCUGGAGGCGGCGGCGGGGGCGCUGGAGGCCGCGCCGCUGAAGAAGGUGGAGAACCGCAUCACCGAGGCGCAGCGCUUCUCCCACCUGCCCCGCCGCGCCGCCGUGGACCUGCAGUUCGCCGAGCUGUCCUUCUCCGUGCGCGAGGGGCCCUGCUGGCGGCCGCGCGGCUACAAGACCCUCCUCAAGUGCCUGUCCGGCACAUUCUGCCGCCGGGAGCUAAUUGGCAUCAUGGGCCCCUCAGGGGCCGGCAAGUCCACGUUCAUGAACAUCUUGGCAGGAUACAGGGAGUCGGGGAUGAAGGGGCAGAUCCUGGUCAACGGGAGGCCACGGGAGCUGAGGACCUUCCGCAAGAUGUCCUGCUACAUCAUGCAGGACGACCUGCUGCUGCCGCACCUCACCGUGUGCGAGGCCAUGAUGGUCUCUGCGAACCUGAAGCUGAGUGAGAAGCAAGAGGUGAAGAAGGAGCUGGUGACGGAGAUCCUGACGGCGCUGGGCCUGCUGGCCUGCUCCCACACGCGGACAGCCCUGCUCUCGGGCGGGCAGAGGAAGCGCCUGGCCAUCGCCCUGGAGCUGGUCAACAACCCGCCCGUCAUGUUCUUCGAUGAGCCCACCAGCGGGCUGGACAGCACGUCCUGCUUCCAGGUGGUGUCCCUCAUGAAGUCGCUGGCCCAGGGCGGCCGAACCGUCAUCUGCACCAUCCACCAGCCCAGCGCCAAGCUCUUCGAGAUGUUCGACCAGCUCUACAUCCUGAGCCAGGGCCAGUGCAUAUUCAAGGGCCUGGCCACCAAGCUGGUCCCCUACCUGAAGGGCCUGGGCCUGCACUGCCCCACCUACCACAACCCCGCGGACUUCAUUAUCGAGGUGGCCUCUGGCGAGUACGGGGACCUGAACCCCAUGCUGUUCCGGGCCGUGCAGCGCGGGCUGUGCGCCAGCGAGAGGACGAGCCUGGAGAAGAACACGGCCCCCGCGCCCGGCCCCCCCUGCCCGCUGGAGCUGGACCCCAUAGAGAGCCACAGCUUUGCCACGAGCACCCUCACCCAGUUCUGCAUCCUCUUCAGGAGGACCUUCCUGUCCACCCUCCGGGACACGGUGCUGACCCACCUGCGGCUGGUGUCCCACGUGGUGAUCGGCGUGCUCAUUGGCCUCCUCUACCUGCACAUCGGGGACGACGCCAGCAAGGUCUUCAACAACACGGGCUGCCUCUUCUUCUCCAUGCUCUUCCUCAUGUUCGCCGCCCUCAUGCCCACCGUGCUCACCUUCCCCCUGGAGAUGGCAGUCUUCAUGAGGGAGCAUCUCAACUACUGGUACAGCCUCAAGGCCUAUUACCUGGCCAAGACCAUGGCCGACGUGCCCUUCCAGGUGGUGUGCCCCGCCUUGUACUGCAGCAUCGUGUACUGGAUGACGGGCCAGCCCGCGGAGACCGGCCGCUUCCUCCUCUUCUCGGCCCUGGCCACGGCCACGGCGCUGGUGGCCCAGUCUCUGGGGCUGCUCAUCGGAGCCGCCUCCAACUCCCUGCAGGUGGCCACGUUUGUGGGCCCGGUGACGGCCAUCCCGGUGCUCCUGUUCUCCGGCUUCUUCGUCAGCUUCAAGACCAUCCCUGCCUACCUGCAGUGGAGCUCCUACCUCUCCUACGUCAGGUAUGGCUUCGAGGGUGUGAUCCUGACCGUGUACGGCCUGGGGCGCGGGGACCUAGUCUGCCCGUUCCGGGAGGAGCGCUGCCCGCUCCGGGAGCCGCAGAGCAUCCUCCGAGCACUGGACGUGGAGGACGCCAAGCUCUACGUGGACUUCCUGGUUUUAGGCAUCUUCUUCCUGGCUCUGCGGCUGCUGGCAUACCUCGUGCUCAGGUACCGGGUCAAGUCGGAGAGAUAGAGCCCGGCCCGCAGUGGCUGGCCCGCCUUUGGGACUGUUAAACCUGUGGACUGGACCCCGGGUGCUGGCCCCGCUGCCUGCCCUCUGCCGGCAUCCCCCAGGCCAGCGGCCAUUCUCCCCACCGGGGCCUGGCGCGGGCUCAGCCCUCCGUGCCGUGCCCAGGCGUCUUCCGGGAAGUGGUUUGUAGCUUCCCCCUUCUCUCCUCAGCCUGCAUGCAAAGAUCACGGGCCGUCAUGCUCCCUCCGGCCUGGCACCCUCUGGGGGUCCCAGUGCACUGUCAGAAAGCGGAGGUCCAGGGCUGGGCCCUGACGGUCCCCGAAGUCCGGAGUGGGCGUGAGAAUGGGUGGGAAGGCUCUGCAGACUCCCUCCUCCCCCCUUGCUGCUGGACAAUCUGCUGGACAGAAGCUGGGUUUCUGUCUGCACCGCCCCGCCCCCCGGGCCUGGGGAUGGGAGCGCAUGGGCCCUGGUGCCCUUCCCCCUCCGCCCUCUGGCUGCGCAGCCGGGCAGCAUCUCUGCAAUAACUGUCUCCCGCCCGCCCGCCCGGCCGCCCGCCCCCCGGCUGCAGAGCUCACCCCCUCCGGGCUGAGUGAGAGAAGCCAGGCCUCCCUCCUGUACUCCCCGGGCCUGCCAUGCCCGCUUCCCAGGAGCCCAGGCACAGACCUGGGACCAGGCCUCUCGGCCUCACCCCAUGUGGGUGGCCUGGUGCUGGCGGGUGCCGCCCUCCCCGGUCCUGCUCUGGCAGGAAGGGUGAAGCCAUGUUGUCCAGGGCGUCUUCGGUCUGUAGGUUCUGCCCCAGGCUUCCCCUCCUCCCGAGCCGGGGUGGCACAGGGCCUUCCUUCCCUGGAGUUCAGGGCCUGACACAAGCACAAGCAGGAGCAUCACUGGCCUCGGCCACUGGCACCAGGGCCCUGUGUGCCACACUGGCAUUCUCACUCCUCCGUCCCUUCCCCAGCCGCGUGCUGCUCAUUCAUGCCCAUCUCUCCCCCUGGGCACGCCCUGAGCUCCAGGGUCAGACGCCUGGAGCGGGUCUGGCUUUCCUGGUGGUCCAGGCUCAUUCCAGGUCUGAUUUUCCUUCCCUAGGACUCUUUUCUUCCCUUUUUU